CGACACACGAACAGGACCGAGAAGGCUGCGCGCAGCGCAUUUUUUCAGCUCCAGUCGACAACUAUGCCCAAGCGAAAGCAAGAAGAUGGCAUGACCAUCAAGCCCCCAAAGCGCGCGCGCACCGCCUACCUGGUGUUCUGCGACAGGUACCGCGAGCAGAUCAUGCGCGCGGUGCACCCCCAGCCCAACGCCAAGUUCACCCGCGAGGAGAUGCAGGCGGUGACCACGAAGCUCGCGGAGCUGUGGAAGAACAUCAGCCCGAACGAGCUCAAGGAGUGCAAGGCCGAGGCUGACAUCCUCAAGGGCCAGUACGAGGCCGAGAAGGCCAAGUUCCCCGCCGGCUCCCUGAAGCGCCACCACAAGAAGGGCAAGAAGGCGAAGAACCAGACCAUCCUCGUCGAGGGCCAGGGCGAGAAGCCCAAGCGCGCGCGCACGGCGUACCUCAUCUUCUGCGACAAGUACAGGAACCAGAUCAUGAAGGAGGUGCACUCUAACCCCAACACCAAGUUCACCCGCGAGGAGAUGCAGCAGGUCACCACCCGCCUGGCGAACAUGUGGCGCAACGUCACGCCCACCGAGCUCGCGUCGUGCAAGAUGGAGGCUGACCUCUGCAAGGAGGAGUACAAGAAGCAGAAGGACUCCUACCGCGCCCCCGUGUACGCCCCCGCGAGCAAGAGUAAGAAGGGUAAGAAGGAGAAGGCUGACAACGGCAAGCCCAAGCGCCCGCGCACCGCCUACCUCCUCUUUGCGGAGGACUGCAGGUCCAAGCUGAAGAAGACGCAGCCCGACCUCGGGUUCACGGACGUCUCCAAGGUGGUCUCCUCGGAGUGGAAGGAGCUCCCCGAGAACAAAAAGCAGCAGUACGUUCGCAACGCCGAGAAGGAGCAGGAGAAGCACAGGGUGCUCAAGGCGCAGUGGGAAGCGAAGCACCCCGUCGCGUGAGCAAGUCGCGGCGUGCGCGGCCUCCAUUUUCGCAAAGGUCAAUCGCCAAACACACCCUUGUACAUCAUCACCGCCCUCCGCGCGUGGGCACGCGCUCGAGCCGAACACCACGUCAAGCACGCGCUCCGUCACCGAAUUACCAACUGUAUAGUGUAGCCGCAACUUAGUCGACGGACCCGCGCGCGCAGCGGAGCAGAGUCUAACCCGUAUCACUGUGAAUAGAUAGGACUUUUUCAUCACCGAAUAAUCGCUAUAAGAG